AUGGGGUUCAAAUUCUCCUUUCUCUGUGACUUGCUGUCAAGUCUCGAGGACAACCGGAUAGCCAAGGUCACCGCAACGGACAAAGAUACCCGCUUGAUUGGUCAGUGGUUCAGUCGCCAUGAGAGGCACAUCUAUCACCCGGAAACAGAUAGGCUGGCUCUACUGUCAUGCAUGUUUCCAGAGAGACGCCCAGACCGGGUGUACUGGCUGCAAGCCACCUCGUUGGCACGUGUGAUUGGUCGUUGUUUGGGCUUGGGAUCUUCAAGAUUAUCAGACAUGGAUCAAUGGCGCGAACCCGGAGGCCCAGAUCUCGGCCAAUGUGUGGAGAAUGUGAUGCGUCAGGCUGAAAAUCGGAUUUGUGCUGAUCGAGCGGUCUCAGUGGAAGAGAUUGACCAAGCACUGGAUAUGAUCGCGUCUCGAUGUCGCUUCUCAGGGCCGCGAGUGCGCCGUCAGCAAACCGCCGUCGAUGUGGAAAGCUCCCUUGCAACUUUGUACCGCAGAUUGAGCAGUCGUGAUGCCAAAUGGCUCACCCGAAUGAUUCUUAAGAGCUACUCCCCUGUGGCACUUCCGGAAAAAUACACCUUAGGACGAUUCCACUUCUUACUCCCACAUUUGCUUCAAUUCCAAAAUACCUUCGAGGGCGCCUUGGACAUGCUCUCUUCUGAACCCAUGGAUAAAUUCCCUCCUCGACCGGAUCCAAAAUUGGCUGCCAGCCUAUGUUCAAUCGCCGUCGACUGUCUGCGGCCCCGACCGGGUAUCAAAAUUGGCCGGCCCGAGUACUUUAAGGCUAGAAGCAUCAAGCAUUGUCACCAGAUGGCAAAAGGCCGCCGUAUGAGCAUAGAGCGGAAAUACGAUGGGGAGUAUUGUCAGAUUCAUGUGGACCUCACGAACAAGCAAGCCCCCAUCCAGAUCUUCUCCAAGAGUGGCAAAGACUCUACCGCAGACAGAUCUGUCGUCGUUCCAGUCUUGAAGGACAGCCUCCGAAUCGGGAUGGAAGGAUGCAAGUUUACGAAGCAUUGUAUUUUGGAAGGAGAGCUGCUUGUGUGGAGUGACAAGCUUGGUGGAAUAGCAGAUUUCCACAAGCUUCGAAAAUUCCUUCCUCGCGCAGGAACUUUCAUUGGGAUUGACCACGAUUCCCCGCCGCAGCCAUAUGAACACUUAAUGGUCGUGUUCUUUGACAUUCUUCUCUUGGAUGAUGAUGUUUGUCUCAGAGCACCCCAUCGUCAAAGACGGUUACUUUUGCAAGAGGUAGUGCGGAAGAUCUCAGGGUGUGCUGACAUUGCCGAGCAAGAGAUACUCGACUUUGACCGGGCAGAGAGCCAAUAUCGGCUUGAGGCUAGCUUUGCCAAAGCUAUCGCACACAGGUGGGAAGGAUACGUACUGAAAGCUUCUGACGAGCCCUAUUUUCCAAUUUAUGCAGCCGGAGUGAGCAACUCCUUUGGCCGCUGGAUCAAGCUCAAGAAGGACUACAUUCCUGGUCUGGGGGACACCGUUGACCUGGUGUUAGUUGGCGCAGGCUACAAUGCUCAGGAUGGUGCUGCUCUUACGUCUCUCAAACAUCUGCGGUGGACACACUUCCUAGUCGGAUGUCUUCUGAACAAAGACGCCGUGUUAAAUUGUGAGGCUAGGCCCCAUUACCGGGUGGUCGAUGUGGUUAAUCGACACUGCAUGCACUGGAAGCUUUUGGAACUUCUUAAUCAGCUUGGCGAAUUCCAUUCAAGUAGCCCCGAGGGAUUCGAGGGAUUCGAAGUUGAAUAUGGACGAGCGGGCCUACCAGCAGCCGCUGUCAUUUUCAAAAAGCCGUUUGUUGUGGAAAUGAUGGGUAGUGGAUUCGAGAAGCCGUCAGGCGCCCGAUAUUUCACUCUUCGAUUUCCACGCAUUCUGAAGGUUCACAUCGAGAGGAGCUCCGAGGAUGCUGCAUCUUUCAGGGAACUACAGCUUCUAGCAGAAGACGCUCGGUCGGUGCCUGUUGACGAGCUGUCACAGGAAGAGGAGCAGUGGCGCAAGCGGUUAAAGGUUGGAAAUGGGCUGAAAGAGUACAUCGUUCGGAGAUCACGCAGCCUGUCGACAGAGAGCCGUUCAAGUACUGGGUCAGAUAUACCCGGUGGCUCUGAUACUACGAUGGGCAAUCACGAAGAUGGUCUGCAGUUACUGCCCGCGCAGAAGUGGGUGGAAAAUCCAUCUUCCAAAACGAAUCCUCACCAGACCCUUGACAGCAUUGAGGGUACUCCUGCUGUCUAUGUCGACGAAUCACGACAAUCUCCAAGAGCCAGUGAUAAAUCUUGCGACGGCCAGGUUCUGGUUGAAACUCAAAACUCGUCCAACCACAGGAGGUUCAGGCAUAAAGAUCCCAGAAUCGAUGAUCAAAACAAUGACCAUGCUUUAAAAGCAGCUGUUCAGACUUCGCAAGAUAAUCCAUCUCCUGCAGUUGCAUCCGGUGCCCGAGGCACCAGUCAAAACUCUGUGUAUCGAGAUGAGACGCGAGCGAACGAUAAACCAGUCAAUCCUACCCAAACGAAGACUCUUCCCAGUCUGGAAAAGCCCUACGAACAAAUCGACACUCCAAUAUCCCCCCUCACUACAAUUCCCGUUUACAUGUCUGGAAGUCCAUCGGAGGGCGACAUAUCUUCGGACCCGCAAGACUCCUCCAGCCUCUCCCAAUUCUUGCAAGCUCUAGGCUCCGACGAAACAAAAUCUCUCUUCAAACGCUCGAACCCUCAAGCCGCUAGCCAGGAUGCUGUCUUUGGCAUAGCUCUUGUCAACCCCGGCGAAUUGCCUCUCGGACAACUGAUUCACAAGAUUGCAGAGGGACUCUCUCGGGCUCUUCGGGUUCAAAAGUCAACUCUUCCUUCCAGUGGGCGAAUUUUCUUCUUGGAUGCCGUCAUCUUGAGAGAGAAUAUCAAACCUGAAGAUCCUGAGUUUUGCCUGCGUCAGACCUGGCGGGCUCUUGGUAUGAAACACUACUACGCUUGUCUUCGUUGGAAAUAUACCAAAAGCCGUGAUCACGAAGGCGCUGGACUAGAGAUCCGACCUGCACACCAAAGUGGCAAUCGCCGAGGCGUCAGUGAUAGACCCUCGCCUUCUCUAUUGGUUAGCUUUGAUAAUGGUGAAAUUCUCGCAUUGGGCGAGUACACUUCUCUGGACGGUUUGACCGAUCCCACGACCCUGUGA